UUCCAAAAGCAAACGACAGUGAGUAAAAAAACGUCGUAAACAUUCUCAUCAAAAACCACCAACAAGAACACAAAAUCUCUGAAAGGAAAACACUAAUCUCUCUUUCCUCGAUGUCUGAUCAGCAGCUAGAAACAACAGAGAUCAACUUCUGGGGAGAGACUUCAGAAGAAGACUACUUCAACCACAAAGGCAUCAUCGGCUCCAAAUCUUUCUUCACUUCCCCUCGAGGUCUCAACCUCUUCACUCGUUCAUGGCUUCCCUCUGCCUCUUCUCCGCCACGUGGUCUCAUCUUCAUGGUCCACGGCUACGGCAAUGACGUCAGCUGGACGUUCCAGUCCACUCCCAUCUUUCUCGCUCAGAUGGGUUUCGCUUGCUUUGCUCUCGACAUCGAAGGUCAUGGCAGAUCUGACGGUGUCCGCGCCUAUGUUCCUUCCGUAGAUCUAGUCGUCGAUGACAUCAUCUCUUUCUUCAUUUCGAUUAAGCAGAACCCUAAGUAUCAUGGCUUGCCUCGGUUUCUCUUUGGAGAAUCAAUGGGCGGAGCGAUUUGCCUUUUGAUCCAUUUCGCUGAUCCGUUAGGGUUCGAUGGAGCGGUUCUUGUUGCUCCCAUGUGCAAAAUCUCUGACAAGGUGAGACCUAAAUGGCCGAUUGAUCAGUUUCUGAUUAUGAUCUCCAGAUUCUUGCCGACCUGGGCUAUUGUUCCGACGGAAGAUCUGUUAGAGAAAUCCAUCAAAGUGGAAGAGAAGAAACCAAUUGCCAAGAGGAAUCCGAUGAGGUACGGUGAGAAACCGAGGUUAGGUACAGUGAUGGAACUGCUUAGGGUUACUGAUUACUUAGGGAAGAAGCUAAAAGAUGUGAGCAUUCCCUUCAUUGUUGUGCACGGAAGUGCAGAUGUUGUUACUGAUCCUGAAGUGAGCAGAGAGCUGUACGAAGAUGCUAAGAGCAAAGACAAGACAUUGAAGAUCUACCAAGGGAUGAUGCAUUCCAUGUUGUUCGGUGAACCCGAUGACAACAUUGACAUUGUUCGCAAGGAUAUUGUUAGUUGGUUGAAUGAUAGAUGUGGUGGAGACAAAACCAAUGUUUGAUGGAACUCAUUGUCAUUGUUGCUGUAAUGCUUGUAUAGUCAUAUUUUAUCAUGAAACGGUAUUUGGGUAAGACUAGACAUUAUGUAUAGAUCAAUCUCAUUGUUCUUACAGAGUUUUCUUAUAAUGCCCAAUUUCAUUCUAUAUACAAAGCAAAGCUACCUUUUUUCUA